AUGGAAUCAAGGCCCAAGCUCCACUAUCCCAAUGGAAGAGGCCGCAUGGAAUCCAUCAGAUGGGCCUUAGCUGCUGCUGGAGUGGAGUUUGAUGAAGAAUUUUUAGAAACAAGAGACCAGUUGCAGAACUUACAGAAUGGUGAAUGCCUGUUACACAAGUCUUUACCCAUCUUAGAGAUAAUUGGACUUAGGAUUGGAGAAAAUGGAUUUUCAAACAAUUUCUUGGACACACAUCUUGGCUUUCGGCUCUAUGGGAAUUAUUUGACGAAGAUUGACAUGUAUGUGGAAGGCACACUGGAUCUUCUGGAAAUGAUUAUCAUGCAUCCUUUCUUAAAACCAGACGAUAAAGAAAAGGAUGUUGUUGGCAUGACCCAGAAGGCUAUACUCAGAUACUUUCCUGUGUUUGAAAAGAUUUUAAGAGAUCACGGACAGACCUUUCUUGUUGGCAACCAGCUGAGCCUUGCAGAUGUGAUCCUACUUCAGACCAUUUUGGCCCUUGAAGAGUUAGUGCCUAAUAUCCUCGCUUCAUUUACCUACCUCCAGGAGUACUCUGUGAAAAUAAGUAAUAUCCCUACUAUUAAGAAAUUCCUUGCGCCCGGUAGCAAGAAGAAGCCUCCACCUGAUGAUGUCUACGUGAAAACCGUCUACACUGUCUUUGCCCCUUUGUGA